AUGUCACGAUCUUUUGGCGGUUGCAAGCGAUGUAAAGCGCGACGGCAGAAAUGUGAUGAGGACCGUCCAACUUGUGGGCGGUGCAAGUCCGCAGGGUCACGAUGUCAGUAUGCGAUGCAGCUGCAGUGGGGAGGCCGGGGUUUCUCGAAGUCAAGGUUUGGCUCGUGUAUGCAGAAGCUGGAGUACUCUCCGGGAGAAUUCAUCUACACCACUGCCAACGAAUUAUCACCAACCGAACCCGUACCCUCCGGAACGAUCACAUUACCGAAAUCCGUUGAUCCGUUCGCCUCCCUCAACAGCAACCAGAAAGCCCUUCUUCAUCACUUCCUCAGUGAUGCUUCUCAAAUAACAGCGUGCCAUUCGGGCAUGCAACAAGAAAUAUGUCGCAUGCUCGUGCCGAUGGCUCUCCAAACACCGUCAUUACUCUACGCAACCAUGGCGCUGUCCGCCAUCCAUCUCCAGGCCUUACACAACCAGUCGGAGAACGUCAAAUCAGCGCCGGAUAUCGCACGAUUCAUGGCGAUGAGCUUAGAACAUUUCCGGAAGGAGCUCCAGAGCCCAGGCACAAGGGGAACGGAUGCGCUGCUGGCGACGGCACGCACUCUAUGUCUUGCGGAAAUUCACUCUGGCGCAAUUCAGCCUAAUUCAUGGCGAGCUCAUAUUGAAGGUGCGCAGGCGCUGAUGGUUGCGUCUCGUGAGCGAGGAGGGUCGACUCCAGAUUCGUCCGAGGGCUUCCGCAGGUAUCUAAAUCGGUGGUAUCGGUCAAUAGUAUCGUUGACGGCACUGACUGGCAACGGGCCACCUGUUGGCGGUAUUACAUGUCAGACUAUUGGAAGCCCAGUGCCUACGACAGCGGAUACACCGGACUACCUGGACGACUACUGGGGAUUCACGGUGAGCUUGUCAGCGGUAUUCCGCGGCAUUGGGGCCGCCGCCUGGCAAACCCCGCCGGAUCAAGCAGCAGAUGAUGCGGAGGUUACAGCCCUGGAAUCAUCGGUCCAUGCGCUGAUCGAUGAGGGGGCACGGUCCCCACCCACGUUCUACCCUGGAGUAAUCGAGGGACUAUCAGAGGACCAUAUUCUACAGUUUACGCUGUGUAACGAGGCGUUCCAGCACAGCGCACUAAUUCAGAUCGAGCGUCGACUGCGCAGGGUACCGGCAGCUUCACCAGCCGUGCAGCGAUCUGUCAAGAAGAUCAUCGAAUGUACCGAGCAAAUCGGGCCGUCUCCGGGCCUGAGCCCAUGGACGAUGCUUACCACGCCGUUGUUCAUCGCGGGUUGUGAAGCGCAGGGCGACGACCGGGCCCGUGUUCGGGAUCUCCUGUCGAAACUCCAUGAUACCAUCCGGGUGCCGAAUGUGCUGCAGUCGUUGAAGUUCCUGGAGCAGUAUUGGGCUCACCAGCUAAAUGAGCAUGAGAGUUGGAAUCGUUUCCUUGUAGAUCGGAUGCGGUUUGAUUUUAUCCCGUACUGA